UAAAUACAUAUUAUUCUAAGAAUGCCUGAAAUGGAAGUUGAUAAUGCCAGCGAACAAAUGAAUUUAGAUCAGCAUGCGGAACAACAAAAGCCGUCAACAACAACAACAAAUAAUGUGAUCUACGAUCCUGAAGUUCUACCUGAUAUGUUACCUGUCUAUUACAAGCGUCUAUUUCCGCACAAGCCAUUCUACAGAUGGCUUUCGUACGGUUUAUCCGAAAAGGGUAUAUUUACUAAUCGUGAAAUUUCGUUUAGUUUACACGAUGAUAUAUACAUACGUUAUUUAUGUUUUGACACUCCAAGUGAAUUUGAAAAAGAAUUAUGCUCAAAAUGCCCAUUAAAAAUUGAUAUUGGAGCCGUUAUGAAUACGAGACCUAAAAAUAAUCUCAUUUCAUCUGCCGCUAUGACUCCAGUACAACGUGAAUUGGUAUUUGAUAUCGAUAUGACAGAUUAUGAUGAUGUACGUACUUGUUGUAGUGGUGCUGACGUUUGCCACAAAUGCUGGAAAUUUAUGGUUGUUGCAGCUCGUGUCCUAGAUGGAGCCAUACGUGAAGAUUUUGGAUGGGAGCACAUACUAUGGGUUUUUUCCGGUCGUCGUGGUGUCCAUUGCUGGGUGUGCGAUUAUGAUGCUCGGCAUUUGGAUACAGCAGGACGGUCAGCGGUAGCGGAAUACUUUCAGGUCGUCACACAUGUCGUGGUUGAGGGAGUGAAUGUUCCCAGAGUUCAUAUAGGAGAGAAAAUGCAUCAUAGCAUUAAGAGAGCAUUUAAGAUUAUAGAACCCAUAUUUGAAGAAAUAAUUUUGAACGAUCAAAAUCUGUUUUGUUCGCCAAAGGGCAUAGGAAAACUAUGUCAGUUUAUUGCUGACGAUACGGCCCGUAAAGAUGCUGAACAAUUUUUGCUCCACAAUGUUCAAGAUGGUGCUCCAGCUCGAGGUGUCUGGGAAGCUUUCAAGCGUUAUGCCAACUCAAUGCGCUGCAAUUCAACAUCUUCAGUAUGGUCGCGAAGAUUAAAAAAUAUAAUUGAAGAAAUCCAGUUAGCCUGCUUGUAUCCUCGUUUAGAUAUAAACGUUACUAAAGGAUUUAACCAUUUACUGAAAGCUCCAUUUUGUAUACAUCCAGCUACGGGAAAAGUUUGUGUCCCAUUUAAUGCGAAUGCUGCAAAUAAAUUUAAUCCAACCGCUGUACCAAACAUUGCACAAUUAUUGCAGGAAAUUAAUGCAUUUGAUGAAAAAACCAAAAAUAAGGAGGAAACUGGUGAAAAACUGCGUAUUAAGGAUUACAAAAAAACAAGUAUGUUCAAGGGGGUGGUGGUAUUUGAGGAGUUCCUGCGUAAAUUGGAGAAUAGCUUAAAGGCAAAAGCUGUGCAAAUGAAUGAAGAUAAAAUGGAUUUUUAAUCAACUAUGUACAAUAAAUAAAUAAACUAUCAGAAACAAAUAAAUAAAGAAA